CAUUAGAAACGGAACGGAGAUUAAGGAUUAGACAAAGUGUUCCGAAGGUAAAAGACGCUCGGGAUAUUGUUCUGCUGGCCGCCCUCAUCUCCCGUCAUUUUGUAUUUCACUAGGAAAUACAUUUCUGAUUCUGUAAGGUUCACCUUAUUGAGAGAUGAAGGGGAAGAGCCAAAAGGUUUUCUUGCUUUUCUGGUUUGGAAUGACCCUACGCUUGUUUUUCUUACUCGGUGCCUGUUGCGAGAAGACAACAAGAAAAACUAUGAGGCAAAGCCCCCCCACUCAACAGACAACUUCUAAGUCUGGGGUCAUUCUGAAUACAAAGAACAGUCAACAGGUGGUGGUUGACAAUGGCAUUGUUUCCAUCAAUUUUUCAAGACCUAAGGGUUACACCCUUGGAAUGUCAUACAAAGGAAUUGACAAUAUACUCGAAGACGAUAACGAAGAACAAGAUAGAGGGUACCUUGAUGUCGUUUGGAAUAUGCCACCAUCAAAGAAUAGUACUUUUGAGAGAAUCUUCGGGACAAAUUUUACGGUUAUAGCAAAUGACGACAAUAUCGUUGAGCUCUCAUUUUUAAGAACAUGGAAUUCGUCCAUGAAAGGCUCGAGUGUCCCUAUGAACAUUGACAUAAGAUACAUUUUGCGAAGUGGUGAUUCCGGAUUUUAUGCAUAUGCAAUAUUUGAUCGUCCUGAAGGAUGGCCUGCGGUGGAGAUUGACCAAAUUAGGAUCGUUUUCAAACUCCAAUCCAAAUUCAACUAUAUGGCAAUAUCGGAUGAAAGGCAAAGAAACAUGCCAACGAAGAAAGAUAGAGAAACUGGUCAAGAAUUGGCAUACCCCGAAGCAGUUCUGUUAACGAAACCAGCCAAUCCAGAAUUUAGAGGAGAGGUGGAUGACAAAUACCAGUACUCAAGUGAAAACAAGGAUAGCACUGUUCAUGGAUGGGUGAGUGUUGAUGCCGAUGCACCCGUGGGUUUCUGGAUGAUAACCCCAAGCAACGAGUUCCGCAAUGCUGGCCCCAUCAAGCAAGACCUUACUUCACAUGUUGGCCCCAUUACCCUCUCGAUGUUUGUGAGCACUCACUAUGCUGGCAAGGAGUCAACCAUGUCCUUUAAAGAAGGGGAGACUUACAAAAAAGUUUUCGGCCCUGCGUUCGUCUACGUUAACUCUGCUUCAGGCGAGGAUGGUACACUAUCCCUCUGGUCAGACGCUGUGCAGCAGCAAGCCAAAGAAGUCAGAAGUUGGCCGUACGAAUUUCCUAAAUCUGUGGAUUUCGUUCCACCCAGUCAAAGGGGAAUAGUUUUGGGAAGAUUACUAGUGAAAGAUAGUUACUACAGAGGAGGUAAAGUUGUGUAUGCUGACAAUGCUUACGUUGGCCUAGCUUUACCUGGAGAAACAGGGUCAUGGCAAAAAGAAAGCAAGGGCUAUCAGUUCUGGACUCAAGCUGAUACAAAGGGUUUUUUCCUGAUAAAUAAUAUUGUGCCCGGUGACUAUAAUUUGUAUGCAUGGGUUCCUGGCUUCAUUGGUGAUUACAGAUAUAAUGUUACAAUCACCAUCAAAAAGGGAGGAGUCAUCACAUUGGAUUCACUUGUGUUUGUUCCACCAAGAAGUGGACCAACCUUGUGGGAAAUUGGGUUCCCAGAUCGCACGGCUGCAGAAUUCUAUAUACCAGACCCUUACCCUACGCUCAUGAAUAAAUUAUACAACAAAAAGCCCAAUGACAAGUUUAGGCAAUAUGGGUUGUGGGAUCGUUACACUGAUUUAUAUCCAAAUGAUGAUCUUGUUUUCACUGUUGGUAAAAGCAAGUAUGACAAGGAUUGGUUUUUCGCUCACGUUUCAAGAAACGCAGGAAACAAGACAUUCCAGCCAACGACAUGGCAGAUUGUAUUUGAUCAUCCAAAUGAAGUAGAAAAAGGAAACUACACAUUGCAACUGGCAUUGGCAUGUACCAGUGAUGCUAACCUGCAGAUUCGUUUCAAUGACGCUGGAGCAAAAAACCCAGACUUUGGAACUGGGAAAAUCGGAGCAGAUAGUGCGAUAGCAAGGCAUGGUGUGCAUGGUUUGCAUAGGCUAUUCAGCAUCGGUGUAAAAAGUAGUCGAAUUGUAAAAGGAAAGAACACGAUCUAUUUGAAGCAGGCAAGAGCCAAGAAUGCUUAUCAAGGAGUAAUGUAUGAUUAUAUCCGUUUAGAAGGACCUCCAUCGACAGGGAAAUGAUUUUGUCCGACUGUCGUUCACCACAGGGUGAAAAUAGCACUGUACAUAGAAUUUAGCCAUUUGGUUGUCUUCUUUCAUCUUUACAGCCACUUUUGGAUC